GACUUUCGCCAUAGGCCGGAAGUCAUGCUCUCAGUUGUUAGGGUGACGGCACCAUUAGACAGAUUCACAGGUCAUUAUCGGCUGGGAAACAUCAAUGGUGACACUUUGGUGAGGUAUCAGAUGAGGUACUAUAACAUUUAGGAGGUACAAAAGCUCAAACUGUGAUUAAAAUGCUGCUGCGUCAACGUCAGCUACUAGCGGAUGUUUGCGUUGUAUCUUCAAAUUAAGAGCAGCACAUUCGUUGAGUUUGUGACAAUGUUACUUUGAGGACAAGUAGUGCGCGCAAGUGAAAUAAUCCGAUGUAUGCCUAAUCGAUGUAUUUCCUUUCGGGCACCAGCACUUAAGGAUGUGUGUUUCCAGCAACACUCGCCAGGACCGGAUGUAAGCAUUUUAUUUUCACAAGACGAGGCGAACAACCAUCAAGGAUCUUUGAAAAUGUGUCCCAGUAAUUACAACGAUACUUUGUACCUCUCCAGUUGUGCAAAUGCUGAAGAUGGAGAGUAAAUGAUACAUUUCCAGCCGAUUUUCUCUACGUGGAAGCCAGCUGUUACCGGAAGUGUGUAGUGUCGCUUCACAACAAGAGUGGUACAAUCGUCACAAUACAUUACUCGAAAUGGCAUUAUGUUGUUUUACACUGUAGAUAUUUUGUUAACACAUAACAUCAUGCGAUGCAAGUCUAAUCAAUCCAGGAAAAGGGUAACGUCCUCUCUGUCAUCUGCUCGAGGAGGUCGCCAUGACGUCAUCGGGCAUCUAGAAGAAGAGGCGUCAGAGCUGCAGUCUCCAAACCACAACGAAGCAGCGAGCAUCCACCACUGUGGGACCUCCGUGAAACACUUUUAGGAGGCGCUGGGGGUGGUGGUCAUGGCGGAAGGAUUCCGGGUGACGACCGCGAGCCGGAGAUGGUGCCGCGCCGGGCGAAGAUGCUGCCGGUGAGGCCGGAACAUCCACGGCACCUCGGAUGUCCUCGCCAUCAUCGCCAUCCUGGAGAUGGACAUAGAUCAUCCAUUUGGUGUGCAUGGCUUCACCUUGUCGCCGAUGACGUCAUCAGGAGGACUUUGCUUUGACACACCUGUAGGCCUUCAAACACUUUAGAGCUUCACAUUUUUUUGGCUUCUUCCGCGUCACGUGGAUGUUUGACAUUCUCCACAUGCAUUGGUAUUCUAAGGAUUUCUUCCUUCUCCUGCAUGGAUGCAAUGUCGUGGCCCAGCAGCCUGUGUGUGUGCGUGCGCGUGCGUGUGCAUAGUCCACUCUGAGGAGGCUGUGGGGGAACUGACAUCCAUCACAGCAGCUUUCGAACCAUGGCCAACGAACCUGUCAUCCUCAACGUGUAUGACAUGUACUGGAUCAAUGACUACACGGCCAAUCUAGGAAUCGGCGUCUUCCACUCAGGCAUCCAGAUUUACGGCCGAGAAUUUGCAUACGGCGGCCAUCCUUACCCCUUCAGCGGCAUCUUUCACAUCAGCCCGGGAAACGCCACCGAGCUGGGAGAGACCUUCAAAUUCAAGGAGGCCAUUGUUUUGGGCACCACUGACUUCACGGAGGAGGACGUAGAUAAGAUCAUGCAGGAGCUUGGCAAGGACUUCAAGGGUGACGCCUACCACCUCAUGCACAAGAACUGCAACCACUUCUCCUCCUCGCUGUCUGAGCUGCUGUGCGGACGUGAGAUCCCUCGCUGGGUCAACAGGCUGGCCUACUUCAGCUCGUGCGUCCCCUUCCUGCAGAGCUGCCUGCCCAAGGAGUGGCUCACCCCGGCCGCCCUGCAGAGCCACAUCAGCCUGGGCCUCCACAAGGACCGACGCCGCCACUCCGACGACGAAGACCACGAUCCCCCCUCGCCAUCUGCCGCCGCCACAAGCUCCUCCCACGGUUGUCGCCACACCCGGGUGUGAGCAGAUGAGCGGCCCUUCCCGCCUGGAGCCGGGCGGCGUGACGGCCAGACCACAGGACCAGGUGGUCAGGAGGCGCCGUGGUGCUCGUGUACGCGGUCGGUACCUUGUUCUGUCAAGACCACCAACUGUGACGUCAUCACUUCACCCUCCUGACCUUCUUUGGAUGCUUGCUUGCAUUUUUAGCAUCUCCUGCCCAGGACUGGACUGGCCCCCUCCAAAUGACAUCACUUGAACACCCUAGCUGUGGUCCGGUUUAGGUUCUGCACCCUUCCAAGGAUCCAGUCCACCUCAGAAAGAGGUGGGGUAGUGGAUGCGUGCCGGCGUUGCUGAUGGGACACAUUUUCACCAAAAAUUCCCAGUUCUUCUUUUUUUAAUCAAACUCAAAUCAUGAUUAAAUGUUAUAAAACCUUGAAUUGAUUGUCACAUUUAAUUUUUUUGAACAGGAGCAACAACAAAAAAACACUACGAUAAUCCUGGGUUUUUUUCGUGUUGAUUGGCGAGUUUAAGAAAUAUCAAGUUGUCAGCAUUUUUAGUAAGAAUCUAAGUUAUCAAUUAAAAAAAACUACCAUAUCAAACAACAAUGUGCAUUAUUCCAAAUGCUGGUAUGAUUAUUGUGAAUGUAUUGUUGUUGCUCGACCACAUGUUGGACAUAAGAUAUGAACGUUUUUCCUACAGCGAGGCCCACGUGGUGAAACAUGAACGGCUGCAGCUUUAACAUGUUGAUGUUUUCUAAAGAUAUGCUAAGUAGUGAUACAUACUUCCUGAAAAAAAGUGCAUCUCAGCUUUGUCAUACAGGUGAAAACACCCGUUAUUAAUGUCAACGUCACUCUCUUUUUUUGCGUGUCUAUUUCAACUUGCUUCUUGUAAAUUUGCUUCUCGUAAUUAUGACUUUAUUCCCCAAACAUUUUGACUUUAUUCCCAUCAUGUUGUAACUUUCUGCAACCUAAUUUUCCAAAAAUGACAAAAUGUUUGUUUCCCACUAUAUUCUGACUUGGAAAAAAAAAGUCAGAACUCUAUCCAUCUCUAUAUCUAUUUCUUUAUGCUCCUAAAAUGACAAUAUUUUUCCUCAUAAUAUUACAAAUGUAGUCUUGUAAAAUUGCAACUUUUUUCUCAUUGUUUGUUUUUUUUUAAUUUUCAAUUAUUUCCUUUUUUUGGUAAAUUUUCUUCUUGUAAUUAUGACUUUAUUCCUGUAAUAUUUUAGCUUUUUCGAAAACCCAAUUUUCAAAAAAUGAAAACUUUAUUUUGUUUUGUUUAUUUCUCGUAAUAUUAUGACUUGGAAAAAAUACCGUAUUUUUAAUGUAAUAUUUAAGCUAUAUGCUCCUAAAACUACAUGAUUUUUCCUCAUGAUAGGACAAGUUUGUAAAAUUGCAACUUGUUUCCAUUAGAAUACUACUUUUUUCUAUGAUUAUAGACUAUGACUUUGUUCUUGUAAAAUUACAGCUGUUAUUUUCAUUUCUGCUGUUUUUUUGGGGGGGUUUUACGUUUUUUGGGGUAAAUUUUCUUCUUGUAUUUAUGACAUUAUUCUUGUAAUAUUCUAACUUUUUCUGCAACCUAAUUUUCCAAAAAUGACAACUUUAUUUUAUUUUGUUUGUUUCUCAUAACAUUAUGACUUGAGGGAAAAAAAAACAAUUUUUUUCAUAGUAAAAUUUUGUGCUACCAAAAUGACAUUUUUCCUCAUAAUAGUUUAUUAAGUUUAAUAAGUUUAAUAAGUUUAUUCUCGUAAAAUUGCAACCCUUUUUCUCGUAACAAUGCAACUUUUUAUCUUAAUAUUUUGACUUUAUUCUUUUAUUUCUUUUUUUUUAAAUUUUCAACUGUUUCAAAUUUCUUCUACAUUUUCUUCUUGUAAUUAUGACUUUAUUCCUAUAAUAUUUUGAAUUUAUUCUGUACUCUUCCAAUCUAAUUGGCUAAAAAUAACAUCAUGACCGACAGGUAGACUGACCAAUGUUUGCAUUUCUUCUCCCUUUCAAACCAAAUCCGCUUCUUAUCAAGUGUAAACUGCCUGUGGAAAUAAAUUUCAGAGUGUUUUUUAUUCAGCGACUUUUUUCAAUGAUUAAUUAAUGAUGUUUUUUUAUUAUGGGUCCAUUCCUGCAAGGACUCUUUCUCGGGAAGGAACUUAAAAGUUGACUUAUU